CUUAUUUCAAACCACUAAAAUGUCACGCAAGUGGAACCGCGAGAACCUCUUAGUAUAUUAUCAUAUCUUUGAGAGUUAGCGGGCCAAGGCGCAUUUACCUAACCUUGCUCAUGUACUAGCAUUAGUGCAUUGAGAAAUCGCGGUCCGUGCGUAGAAUUACAAAAGUCAAGUAACAAGCCAAUUUAGUUUGUAUCGAACACUACGUCUGCAAGACCGUCUUUUAAAAAAAUAUACUAAAGUUUUAGUUUUGAUGCUACUACGCAUCUGUUUUAAUUAGAUAUCAAAUUAUCUUUAUUUAGUUCAAGCGGUUCGUUUAUAUUUGAUGUGGCUGUGAGAUAAGGAGGAAUAACAUUCUGUUCAUCACUAAACACAGUCUUUGAAGGAAUUGUCCUUAGCAUGUAUGAUUUUAAAGAAAAAGUUGUUCUGGUAACUGGCGGAGCCGCAGGCAUCGGUGCUGGGGUAGUCGAAGCGAUACUGAAGGAAGGCGCCAAGCAUAUCGCAGCAUUAGAUGUGGAUUCAGUUAACGGGAAAAUCCUUGAAGACGAACUAAACAACAAUUAUAAAGGAAAUAAAGUGAAGUUUUAUAAAUGCGAUGUUACCAGCAAUGAUUUGGAAACGGUAUACGAUAAUGUGAUCAAAGAACAUAAAUAUAUAGACGUUGUCGUGAACUGCGCUGGUAUAAUGAAUGAUAGACCUAAUGUAUAUCUAAAAGAGAUAGCUGUUAAUGUGACUGCUCUGAUAACAAGCUCGUUCAAAGCCUACAAUUUGAUGCGCAAAGACCACGGCGGCAAAGGGGGAACAAUAAUUAAUAUUUCGUCUAUCGUUGGAUUAUUUCAAGCAAGUCUUUUGCCUGUGUAUGCGUCCACCAAAAGCGCAGUUUUGCAAUUCAGUACUUGUUUGGGAAUGGAGCCGCAUUAUAGUCAUUCUGGAGUCAGGGUGCUUACACUGUGCUUCGGCUGCACCGACACCACAUUAUUCAGCAGUAACAAACUCGGAGCAUUUGACAAAGAAACUGAAAUGUUAUUAGAAGACAGUAUCGGAACAUUACCCAUGCAGAAACCUGAUUCCGCCGUCAAUGGCUUGUUAGAUGCGUACAGAGACGGUAAGAGUGGUAGUACCUGGUUGAUCACCGCCGACAAACCAGCAGAAGACAUCACCGAAAACAUUACAAAAGGAUUCGAAAUCAUGAGCAGAGGUGUCUUCUGUUAAUUGAAUGAGAAAAUUAAGGGGUUCAUUUAUAAAUUAAAGCCGUAUUAAUAUUUAUCUAGAACUUAUAAUAAUUACGUUUGUUAAAAGGCAAUUGAGCUCUAUUAUGCAAUCUUGAAUAACACUUUUUGAUACUUCCUCUAACGAGCUUAUAAGACUCUAAUAACUCAUUAUAAAUAAAGUUAUUAAUGUUUAAGACCAACAUGCUUAAUGUUUAACAAAGUAAUACGCAAUAUCCAGACAAAUACUUUGAUGCUGAAUUAUCUUUUGUUUUCACUUAUCGGGGGGCUAAAU